AUGGGGUCUGACAUCAGCAAGUCAACAGCACUGGUUCCAAAACCCAGGUCUUCCAAGCAGGAAGAGGAGCAAGGACGGCCUGGCUGGGCCCACCCCUCACCAUCUCUCUUGUCCUUAGGUUUAGAAGGGCAGCUCUGCGAGGUAGAGACCAACGAGUGUGCCUCUGCUCCUUGCCUGAACCAUGCUAGCUGUCAAGACCUGCUCAAUGGCUUCCUGUGCCUCUGCCUGCCUGGAUUCACUGGCACCCAGUGUGAGGAAGACAUAGACGAGUGCAGAAGCAACCCCUGUACCAAUGGCGGACGCUGCCAGGACCAGCCUGGAGCCUUCCAUUGCGAGUGUCUCCCAGGCUUUGAAGGACCACACUGUGAGACAGAGGUGGAUGAGUGUCUGAGCAGCCCCUGCCCCACCGGAGCCAGCUGCCUUGAUCUCCCAGGAGCUUUCUUUUGCCUCUGCCCCUCUGGCUUCACAGGCCAGGACUGUGAGACUCCCUUGUGUGCCCCCAACCUGUGCCAACCUAAAAAGAAAUGCCAGGAUCAGAAAAAUGAAGCCCACUGUCUCUGCCCCAAUGGAAGCCCUGGCUGUGUGCCUACUGAAGACAACUGCACCUGCCACCACGGGCAUUGCCAGAGAUCCUCCUGUGUAUGUGAUGUGGGUUGGACAGGGCCAGAGUGUGAGGCUGCUGGGGGCUGCAUUUCUGCACCCUGUGCCCACGGUGGGACCUGCUACCCACAGCCCUCUGGCUAUAACUGCACCUGUCCCACAGGCUACACAGGGACUACCUGUAGUGAGAUGGUAACAGCUUGUCACUCAGAACCUUGUUUCAAUGGUGGCUCCUGCAGCCCCAGCCCUGAGGGUUACUCCUGCACCUGCCCUCCAAGCCACACAGGGCCCCAGUGCAAAACCAUCACUGAUCACUGUGUGUCUGCCCCAUGCCUCAAUGGGGGUACCUGUGUGAACAGACCUGGCACCCCCUCCUGUCUCUGUGCCAUGGGCUUCCAGGGCCCACGCUGUGAGGGAAAAAUCCGCCCCAGCUGUGCAGACAGCCCCUGUAGGAACAAGGCAACCUGUGAAGAUGGCCCUCAGGGGCCCAGCUGCCUCUGCGCCCCUGGCUACACAGGAGGCAGCUGCCAGACUCUGAUGGACUUAUGUGCCCAGAAGCCAUGCCCACACAAUUUCUACUGCCUCCAGAGUGGGUCCUCCUUCCAGUGCCUGUGCCUCCAGGGAUGGACAGGGCCUCUCUGCAACUUUCCACUGUCCUCCUGCCAGAAGGAAGCACUGAGCAAAGACAUAGAAGUCUCUGCCCUGUGUCAGAAUGGAGGCCUCUGCAUGGACAGAGGCUCCUCCUAUUUCUGCCACUGCCCUCCAGGAUUUCAAGGCAGGUUGUGCCAGGACACUGUGAACCCCUGUGAGUCUCAGCCUUGCCAACAUGGAGCCACCUGUGUGGCCCAGCCCAAUGGGUAUCUCUGCCAGUGUGCCCCAGGCUACAGUGGACAGAACUGCUCAAAGGAACUUGAUGCUUGUCAGUCCCAACCAUGUCACAACCAUGGAACUUGCAGCCCCAAACCUGGGGGCUUCCACUGUGCCUGCCCUCCAGGCUUUGUGGGGCUGCGCUGUGAGGGGGAUGUGGAUGAGUGUCUAGAUCAGCCCUGCCACCCCACAGGCACCGCAGCCUGCCACUCUCUGGCCAAUGCCUUCUACUGCCAGUGUCUACCUGGACACACAGGCCAGUGGUGUGAAGUAGAGACAGACCCCUGCCAGAGCCAGCCCUGCUCCCAUGGAGGGUCCUGUGAGGUCAUAGCAGGACCACCCCUAGGUUUUACCUGCCAUUGCCCCAAGGGUUUUGAAGGUCCCACCUGCAGUCACGGAGCCCCUUCCUGCGGCAUUCAUCACUGCCACCAUGGAGGCCUAUGUCUUCCCUCCCCUAAGCCAGGCUUCCCACCCCUCUGUGCCUGUCUUAGUGGCUUCGGAGACCCUGACUGUCUGACUCCCCCAGCUCCUCAAGGCUGUGGUCCCCCCUCCCCCUGCCUACACAAUGGCAGCUGCACAGAGACACCUGGAAUGGGGGGCCCAGGCUUUCGAUGCUCCUGCCCUUCUGACUCUCCAGGGCCCCGGUGUCAGAGGCCUGGAGCAAAGGGGUGUAAGGACAAAAGUGGAGAUGGGGCCUGUGAUGCUGGUUGCAGUGGCCCAGGAGGAAAUUGGGACGGAGGGGACUGCUCCCUGGGGGUUCCAGACCCCUGGAAGGGCUGCCCUUCCCACUCCCAGUGCUGGCUUCUCUUCCGGGAUGGGCAGUGCCACCCUCAGUGUGACUCUGAAGAGUGUCUGUUUGAUGGCUAUGACUGUGAGACCCCUCCAGCUUGCACUCCAGCCUAUGACCAGUACUGCCAAGAUCACUUCCACAACGGGCACUGCGAGAAAGGCUGCAACACUGCAGAAUGUGGCUGGGAUGGGGGUGACUGCAGGUCCGAAGAUGGGAACUCAGAGUGGGGGCCCUCCCUGGCCCUGCUGGUGGUGCUGAGUCCCCCAGCCCUAGACCAGCAACUGCUUGCCCUGGCCCGGGUGCUGUCCCUGACUCUGAGGGUGGGGCUCUGGGUGAGAAAGGAUAGUGAUGGCAAAGAUAUGGUGUUCCCCUAUCCUGGAGCACGGGCUGAAGAGGAGCUAGGAAGAACUUGGGACCUCUCUCAUCAGAAGAGAGCAGCCCCUCACACCCAGCCCCUGGGCAAAGAGACAGACUCUGUCAACGCUGGGUUUGUUGUGGUUAUGGGUGUGGAUUUGUCCCACUGUGGCCCUGACCACCCCACAUCCCGUUGUCCCUGGGACUCUGGACUCCUGCUCCGCUUCCUUGCUGCAAUGACUGCAGUGGGGGCCCUGGAGCCCCUGCUGCCUGGACCCCUGCUGGCUGCUCACCCAUAUGCAGGCACUGGGUUCACACGAAGGCCUCGGAGUCAACAGGCCCCCCGCCGCCGCAGGCCCCCACUAGGAGAGGACAGCAUCGGCCUCAAGGCACUGAAACCAGAGGCAGAGACUGAAGAGGAUGGAGUGGUGAUGUGCUCAGGCCCUGAGGAGGGAGAGGAGGCUGAAGAAAUGACCCCACCCUCCAAGUGCCAGCUUUGGCCACUGAAUGGUGGCUGUGGGGAGCUCCCUCAGGUAGCCAUGCUGACCCCUCCUCAAGAGUCUGAGAUAGAAGCCCCUGACGUGGACACCUGUGGACCUGAUGGGGUGACACCCCUGAUGUCAAAAGUGUGCUGUGGGGGAGUAGACUCCGGGACCUUCCAGGGGCCAUGGUUGGGAAGACCUGAGCCCUGGGAACCUCUGCUGGAUAAAGGGGCCUGUCCCCAGACUCACACUGUGGGCACUGGAGAGACCCCUCUGCACUUGGCAGCCAGAUUCUCCAGGCCAACUGCUGCCCGCCGCCUCCUUGAGGCUGGAGCCAACCCCAAUCAGCCAGACCGGGCAGGGCGCACCCCACUUCACACUGCUGUGGCUGCUGAUGCUCAGGAGGUCUGUCAGCUGCUACUGAGCAGCAGACAGACUUCGGUGGAUGCACGCACAGAGGACGGAACCACACCCUUGAUGCUGGCUGCCAGGCUGGCAGUGGAGGACCUGGUUGAAGAAUUAAUUGCAGCUGGAGCAGACGUGGGGGCCAGAGAUAAACGGGGAAAAACCGCGCUGCAUUGGGCCGCUGCUGUCAACAACGCCCGAGCCGCUCGCUCCCUUCUCCAGGCUGGAGCAGAUAAAGAUGCCCAGGACAGCAGGGAGCAGACACCGCUGUUCCUGGCGGCCCGGGAAGGAGCAGUGGAGGUAGCCCAGCUGCUGCUGGGGCUGGGGGCGACCCGAGGAUUGCGAGACCAGGCUGGGCUAGCGCCCGCGGACAUUGCCCGCCAGCGUAACCACUGGGAUCUGCUGUCAUUACUAGGAGGGGCGGGGCCACCGGAGAUACAUCACAAAGCGCCGCCGGGCCGCGAGGCUGGGGCGUUCCCGCGCGCGCGGACCGCGUCAGAAAGCGUACCUCCGCACGGAGGCGGGGCUCCGCCGCGCUGCCGGACGCUGUCAGCUGGAACAGGCCCGCGCGGGGGCGGUGCAUGUCUGCAAGCUCGGACUUUGUCCGUAGACUUGACCGCACGUGGGAGCGGGGCCUAUUCACACUGUCGGAGCCUGUCCGGAGGAGGAGCAGGAGGAGGCCAGCCCUCCCGCAGCCGUAGGUUUUCUGCAGGCAUGCGCGGGUCUCGGCCCAACCCUGCGCUAGAGCGAGGAAGAGCCGGACGUGGGGGAAAGGCUUCAGCGGAUGACCGGCCCUAUGAUUGGGUGGUCCUGGGAGCCUGCUGCCCCGCCUCUAGCACUGCAAUCCCGCCUCCUUGCCUUACUCCUUCUCCAGAGCGGGGAUCCCCUCAAGUUGCCUGGGGUCUUUCUCUCCAAGUAACGCCCUUAAACUCAGGAGGAGAGAGUCAGAACUAGAAGUCUACAUAGAGAGGAGGAAUUUUAAAACUACCCAUAAAUGACAGGCACUCUAGACUAUGAUCAAGCCCCAAUCGUGAGGAGUCAGGAAUUCAAUUUCCCUCUCAAAGAGUGUAUGCCCACUGGAAUAGGCUUUGUCUCCCACGUAGAAAAGCCACAGCACGAAAAAGAAGGGUUUAUGAUGCUGGGAUGAGACAGGCCCAGUUUCUCUCCUAGAAAAUGAGGGUGAGAGUGUACAACAGGCCGAAAUGGAGAGAAAUAUCUCUAACUGGACCCAAGAACUGUGGAUAGAUAGGAUAUAAGAUACUCUUUUCUUGCGCAUGGUUCCCAAAGGGGGCCUCUAUCAUCCUUUGCCCACACUGUGGCCCACAAACACCUGACUUAUUUAUUGAGCACCUGCCGUGUGCCAAGCACUGUGUAGAUGCUGAAAGAUGGCCAAUGGCCAUUCUAGUUGAUGACUCCUUUCCUUUCCAACAACGAAACUGCUACAGGGAUGAAGCGCCACUCUUCUAGCCAUUGCCAUUUCUAUUUAAGAACCCCAUAUAUGUCAAAUAAAGCUUAU